UUAUAUUUCAUAUUAUAUCCGAAACGUGGCAAACUUUCAGAAUUCCGUCCACGUGACUUGAUUAAGCCAACGCUCGAUCUUUUUCAACGGGUCCAUCGAUAAGGCAACAUAGAAGAAAUAUAGAGUUGCCAAUCGACUAAAAAUCCAAAAUGGUGAAUUUUACGGUGGACCAGAUCCGUGACAUCAUGGACAAAAAAAAGAACAUAAGAAACAUGUCUGUGAUUGCUCACGUAGAUCAUGGUAAAUCAACAUUGACUGAUUCCUUAGUAAGCAAAGCUGGUAUUAUUGCUGGAUCCAGGGCUGGUGAAACAAGAUUCACAGAUACAAGGAAAGAUGAACAGGAACGUUGUAUUACCAUUAAAUCAACUGCUAUAUCUUUAUACUACGAACUGGCAGAAGAAGACAAGGUAUACAUCAAACAAGAAAUUCAUAAAGAUACAGGUUUCUUAAUUAAUUUGAUUGACUCUCCUGGUCACGUAGAUUUCUCAUCUGAAGUAACCGCUGCUCUGCGUGUAACUGAUGGAGCUCUGGUUGUUGUGGACUGUGUAUCAGGUGUUUGUGUACAAACUGAGACUGUAUUAAGACAAGCUAUUGCUGAAAGAAUAAAGCCAGUUGUAUUGAUGAACAAGAUGGAUUUGGCUCUACUUACUCUACAAUUGGACAAGGAAACUCUUUAUCAAACCUUCCAACGUAUUGUAGAAAAUAUCAACGUUAUUGUCAACACUUAUGGUAACAAUGAAGGUCCUAUGGGAGUAAUUGAGGUUGACCCAAAGAAUGGUACUGUUGGAUUUGGUUCAGGUCUUCAUGGUUGGGCCUUUACUCUGAAAGAUUUUGCCAAGAUCUACCAAUCUAAGUUCAAAAUUCCAGAAGCUAAAAUGAUGAGAAAAUUGUGGGGCAAUCAGUUUUACAACACUAAAACUAAAGUGUGGGAAAAACAAGAAAAUGCGGAUAAUGUUCGUGGUUUCACUCAAUAUAUCUUGGCGCCUAUCUAUCAGAUUUUUGAUACCUGUAUGUCAAAACCAAAAGAUGAUGCUUUUAAAUUAGCAGAAAAACUACAGAUUAAACUGUCUGCUGAAGACAAAGAAUUAGAGGCUAAACCUCUCUUGAAAACCAUGAUGAGGAAAUGGCUGCCUGCUGGAGAUGCUAUGUUACAGAUGAUAGUCAUCCAUCUUCCUUCCCCAGUAACAGCUCAAACAUACAGAUGUGAAUUAUUAUAUGAAGGUCCAAUGGACGAUGCGGCUGCUAUGUCAAUGAAAAACUGUGAUCCAGAUGGCCCCCUUCUCAUGUACAUCUCGAAAAUGGUACCAACAUCUGAUAAAGGUCGAUUCUAUGCCUUUGGACGUGUAUUUGGUGGAACCGUGAGCACAGGUCAAAAGGUCCGAAUUAUGGGACCAAACUAUGCACCUGGAUUUAAAACUGACUUGUUUGAAAAGAACAUUCAGAGAACUAUAUUGAUGAUGGGAAGAUAUGUUGAAGCUAUUGAAGAGGUACCAUGUGGUAAUAUAUGUGGGUUAGUUGGAGUAGAUCAGUACAUUGUUAAAACUGGUACUAUCACCACUUUCAAAGAUGCCCACAACAUGAGAGUUAUGAAGUUCUCCGUCAGUCCAGUUGUACGAAUUGCUGUUGAAUGUAAGAAUCCAUCUGAUUUACCGAAACUGGUUGAAGGUUUAAAACGAUUAGCCAAAUCUGAUCCUAUGGUACAGUGUGUAAUUGAAGAAUCUGGAGAGCAUAUUAUUGCUGGCGCUGGUGAAUUACAUUUGGAAAUCUGUCUAAAAGAUUUGGAAGAAGAUCAUGCUGGUGUCCCUCUUAAAAAAUCUGAUCCUGUUGUAUCCUAUAGAGAAACAGUUAGUGAAGAAUCCACUAUCUUAUGUCUUUCAAAAUCGCCCAACAAACACAAUCGUCUUUUUGUUAAAGCUGCCCCUAUGCCUGAUAAUACAGCCGAGGCUAUUGAUAAUGGUGAUGUUUCACCAAGACAAGAGUUUAAAGCAAGAGCCAAAUACUUGAGUGAGAAAUUUGAUUUUGAUGUAGGUGAGGCUCGUAAAAUCUGGGCUUUUGGACCUGAAGGAACUGGUCCCAACUUGUUGUUGGAUUGUACAAAGGCUGUACAAUAUUUGAAUGAAAUUAAAGAUAGUGUUGUUGCUGGCUUCCAGUGGGCUACAAAAGAGGGUGUAUUGUGUGAAGAAAACAUGCGAGGUGUACGAUUUAAUAUCCAUGAUGUGACUCUUCAUUCUGAUGCUAUUCAUCGUGGAGGUGGACAGAUUAUUCCUACUGCUAGAAGAGUAUUCUAUGCCUCAAUUCUGACUGGUUCUCCUAGAUUAGUUGAACCUGUUUAUUUAGUAGAAAUUAUGGUACCCGAAUCUGCCCAAGGUGGUAUUUACUCUACAUUGAAUAGAAGACGAGGUAUUGUAUUUGAGAACUCACAGAUUGGCAGUACACCACAAACAUUAGUUAAAGCUUACUUACCUGUCAAUGAAUCAUUUGGUUUCACUGGUGAUCUACGAUCACAAACACAAGGACAAGCUUUCCCACAGUGUGUAUUUGAUCACUGGCAGAUGCUUGUUGGUGAUCCUUUUGAUUCAACAAGCAAACCUUACGCAAUUGUUGAACACGCCAGAAAACGAAAAGGUCUUAAAGAAGGCAUACCCGCUCUUGACAACUACUUGGAUAAAAUGUAAUGUUAACCAGCAGUCUAGUGCAAAUUUAAAGACUAUUGAAAUAUUUUGUGAAUACAAGAGUCAAAUUAAUUUACAACAGUACCUUUCUUCCGGAUUUGAAAUUGUCAGUGUAUCUAUGAAGAAAUUUUUAAAAACAAAUGACGUAAACAGUGUAGUGCUAAUUCAAUCUGUUUUAUUUUGGUGAAUGGACAAACUUUUAAAUAGAAAAUAGCAGUAGGUAAUGAAAUAAAAUUUAAAACAGUACUCACAAAAUGAACUACCCAGCCAUUGAGAUCCAGCUUGAAGGACAAGUUAAGAUUGUAUAAAAGUUUAAUUUAAGAAAAAAAAUAAAACAAUCCUUCUAUG